AUGGAAAUUCGAUUUGCUGUCGCCGCUAUCGUAUUAAGUCUCCUACACGAGAGUGUUUGUGAAGAGCACAUCGUGCAACUUCCGCUUGGUGGACGGCUUGGCCUUUCCACGCGAGGUGCAUCUUCGUUUCGGGUUCGCUUUCUUUAUGAUGGUGCUGAUCCGCGAGAGACAUGGGAGGUACAGCCAGAAGAAGCUGAUGCUCCUUUUUCUCUGCGAAUCCACUCGGAUGAGAAGGGCAUUGAUUCUCCCGGCCUUGGUUCGAUCGCUGUGAGCAGCGAAGGAAAGCUUCGCCUCCGCGGCCCCAGUGGUGACGUGAUUACUGAGUCGCUGCCUCUGGGCCAGCUUAGCUGCGCAGCAGUUGGCGGUCGUCCACAGGGUGGUCAGCAGAUUGCAGAGCUGCCUGCCGCAAGUGCAGGAGCCUGCUGCCAGAUCUGCCGUGCUCGGUCCAACUGCACCGACUGGGCUUUUGACGGCACGAAUUGCAUUCUCGUGAAAGAUGCAUCAGGCUGGGAGGCUGCUUCUGGUACCACUUGGGGGAGGAGUCCAGGUCUCCUGGCAUUCAACUCCACAUCUGCAUCUGUGUUUGGCGGUGGGGCUGGCCCAAAAGUGGCCACUUCACUACAGCGCAGCGGUGCCACUGGUCGGGUUGCAAAUCGCGAGACGUUCGUGCCGUAUUACUACACAGCCGAUGGUUACGCAGCCCUUGGGCACACGGCUGCUAGCCGCUUCGACCGUUUGCUGGUGAGGUACCAGGCCACUGGCGAUUACCUUGUAUGGUCUUUCUCCGGAGACUUCCAAAUAUAUCUUAUGCCGGCUCCCUCGCUGCUCGAAGGAAGCCGGCACUACUUGUCGUUGAUAGGUCGACCACCAGUCCCGCCGAUGCAUGCGUUUGGUUUUCUGGCUUCUCGAUGGGGCUGGGAAGAUGGGGACUACGUCGAGGAGACCCUGAAAUCGUUUCGUGCUGGUGGCUUUCCCCUUGAUUCUAUCAUCGUUGACUUCGAGUGGUUUGCCAACACAUCCGACUACGACUUUUCGCCAGAGGGCCAGCCCUGGUACAAUGACUUCGGCUGGAAUCCCGAGCUGUUUCCAUCCCCCACUCGUCAGCUCGAGAAGUACAGAUCAGAUUUCCAUGUGCGUGUGGCUGGCAUUCGGAAGCCUCGCCUGGGCAAUCAGGAGCUGUUGCAAAAGAUGCGCGAGAAUCGAUGGAUCUUGCCUGAAGGUGGUCCAGAGACUUACGCGCAUGGACGUUGGCUGUUGUUCUCGAACCCCGACCUGCGCAGCUGGUACAAAACGCAGCUGCGGCAUUACUUGCAAGCCGGCAUCGCCUACUGGUGGAAUGAUGAAGGCGAGAAUUCGUAUUACACGUACCACGAAUGGAACGCUGCAGAGAAGGACAUCCUGGAAGAGACACAGCCUGGGCAGCGCUUCUUCUCCUUGAAUCGUGCCUUCACUCCAGGCCUCGCGCGGCUUGGAGCCGGCGUGUGGACAGGUGACAUCGACUCUUCGUGGCAGGAUCUCGUUCGUACCCCCGGCAUGGUUCUGAACUGGGGCCUGGCCGGAGCACCGUACGUGGCCUGUGAUAUUGGAGGUUUCACUGGAGAGCCGACUCCAGAGCUCUUGGUCAGAUGGUACCAGGUGGGAGUUUUCAUGCCCAUCAUGCGAGUUCACUCCGCGAUCUGGGUCAAGCCACACUGGCCGUGGCUUUUUGGAGACCGUGCCGCGGAGGUGAUGCGGGAGGCGCUCCAUCUUCGCUACCGAUUGAUACCAUACCAUUAUUCGCUGGCGCAUCGUCUGUACUCGGUUGGCAUUCUCUGGAUUCGACCACUGGCUGCCGUCUUCCCCAAGGAUCCCAAGGUUGCCAACCUCACAUCUCAGUGGAUGGACGGAGAAAUACUAGUGUCGCCUAUUUUGAAUGAGGCGUCGAAGUCUGAAGUGUAUCUUCCCGAGGGUCAGUGGCACCCGUUCAAUCGAGCGGGUGAAAUCAUCACCGGGCCACGAAGUGCUGUCGAGGAGGUGGUGCCACUCGACAACAUUCCGGCUUACGUGAGACUUGGAACUGUAAUUCCCUUGGCUCCGCAAGUACAGUCCACAGACGACCUGCCUGGGGGUCCGCUUGAGGUGCAGGUAUAUGCCGGUGCAGAUGGCAACUUCACUCUAGUAGAGGAUGACGGAGAGACAACGUCCUACAAGACAGGGUCGUUGCGCAAAACUACCUUUGUUUGGAAUGACGAGGAAAAGCAGCUGACGUGGAGCACCGCAGGUGCAAACACUCAGGCCCGUUAUUUCACGUCGAUUCGCUGCACCCUUUUCGCGGGCGGCAGUUCCGUGGUACAGGGAGAGGCGAUGGAGCUUCGCGAUUCGGGCACACUCCGCAUGGCUCCACGAAGGCUUAGGGCGGCGAAGCUUCUUCAGGUUCGGACUGAAAAAUCCGUGAGCGCUCUCGGCUUCGACGAACAGUCACUGUCGGCGAUGCAGUACACCCAGGCCGGAGCAGCCUUUCGUCCCACCAGGCUUCCCUGGCUAUCCUGGCUACCCCGGUUACUCCGGAUAUUUCCCGUGGUGGGGUUAUCCGCCACCACCAAUGAAGAGGGCCAGCUUACACUCAUGCCGUUCCUGCCCAGCCGUCGCAUCAAGCUGUGUUUGACCACUCGAAGGACAGCAGCAGUUCCGACAGAUGAUUCGACAUCCGACUCGAGCGAGGAGGAUGCAAGGAAAGCAGCAGCAUCGAAAGCGCGGCUGAAGGCGCGAGAGAAGGUCGAGGAGGAGCGAGCAGAGCGAAGAGCCAAGGAGAGAAAAGGCAAGCAGAAGGCCUCCAGCGAGCGAGACAGCGAAGCCAAGAUGAAGCCCAAGAAGAAAGCCAAGGAGGACAGCGACAAGGAUGACGACGGUGAGGCCAGUACAGAAGGAGAAUCAGCAAAACCAAAAAAGAGCAGAAAGGACAAAAAGCAGAAGAAGGAGAAGGAGAAGGAGAAAGAGAAGGAGAAGGAGAAGAAAGAAAAGAAGGAGAAGGCUGCGUUCGCCGCUGACUUUGCGGUUGCAGCGGGCGUGGAUAUGGUGGCGCCGACUACGCCGACGUCGGCGAACGGGGGCGCCUACAUCGCCUCCUUCGGGCGUUGGCCCCUUUGGAUCCAUUCGCCUAUCGCGAUGCCGCGGUCCAAACUGACGGCGAGAUCUUCAUUCGCACCUUCAUUGCUGCUGCGCUCAUACGGCACUGAGGACGCGCUCUUCUCCGACGAGGCCCACUGCGCAGUCACUGACUUUUUCGCCUUGCUUGGCCUCCAGACCAAGCCUUCCAAGGCGCACGCGCCCGCCAAAGAGCACGUGGUCCAGGGCGUCGACCUCUCCUUGGAACCCGAAAGCUGCUGCCACUGCGAAGCGCCAGGCCCGCAUCUUGGCUCAAAUCGACGAGGCCUUGCAGUACGACCGGCUUUCGCCUGA